GUUUCUUCACCUUUCAGAGCGCGAGAGCACCGCCAACCGCGCGCCGAGCGCGUUCUCUCCAUUUCCACAAGUGUUUUCUUCUUGCCUCGUUCACACAAACCCGUUUCAGCUGUUCAGUGUCCACACGCCCGGCGUCUUCUGUCAGUUGCGGACAGUUUUUUUCUGCUUCCAGUGAAGUACAUUUGGAAAAACACGAAGCUCAGAACGAGACUGAAGCAUCUUUAAGAGCGCGCGCAUCUCUGCGAGCGUGAGCAACAUACGCGUGCCUCAGAAGACCCGUCAGCUCAGUGUUUCUGAAAGCGUUUCAGAAACGAGUCACCCGAACUUUCAAGGAAUAUUUAGCAGCAAUUAAAGGAGGAAUUUAUUAUUUUUUCUGUCAGGAACUGAGAAAAAGUAAUAGCCUGCGUCUGGGGAUAUUAAUAAAAGACGGAAUACGAAAGUGGACGCUGCGUUCUGAGAGAAUUUUUUUGCAAGCGUCAGAUUUGCCGUUUGUGUAACACGGGUCCGUCGUCACAAACGUUUUCUGUGGGAAGUUUCUGAGUUUUUUGACGGACGAAAUGGGCAUAACUGGUUAUUUUGUGAUGCCGUGGAAAUGCCUGGUGGUUGUGGCGCUAAGACUGCUGUUCCUUGUGCCCGCAGGAGUGCCAGCGAGAAGCGGAGACUCUUAUUUAAAGGACAACAUCACUGUCAGACAGGGAGACAGUGCCGUCUUAAAGUGCAAUGUUGACAACAAAGUCUCGCGGGUGGCGUGGCUCAACCGGACCACCAUUCUCUUCACGGGCAAUGAAAAGUGGUCUUUGGACCCACGGGUGGUCCUGUUAAACACAGCUGUCACUGAAUACAGUAUAAUGAUUCUAAAUGUCAACUUAUAUGAUGAGGGGCCAUAUGUAUGUUCCAUUCUCACAAACAAGAAACCUGAAUCGACAAGAGUGCAUCUCAUCGUACAAGUUCCUGCCAGGAUUGUAAACAUAUCCACGGAUAUUUCGGUAAAUGAGGGGAGUAACGUAAGCCUCAUGUGUCUGGCGAUCGGACGACCUGAACCCACCAUUUUGUGGAAAUUACGCUCCUCCAAAGGUAACAGAGUUAUAACCGAGGGUGAAUAUGUGGAAAUUAAUGGAAUCACCAAAGACAUGUCCGGCUCGUACGAAUGCAUGACCUCAAACGAUAUCUCGCCUCCAGACGUCAGGACUGUUCAGGUUACCGUAAACUAUCCGCCUGUCAUUUCGCGAGCUCGGAGCACGGGAACGGCUGUUGGUCAGAAAGGGGUCCUGUGGUGCGAGGCAUCAGCCGUGCCUCUGGCAGAUUUUGAAUGGUUUAAGGGUGACCGCAGAAUCUUCAAUGGACUCAAUGGGAUCAAGAUCGAAAACAAAGGGAAACAAUCCAUGCUAACGUUCUUUAACGUCUCUGAAGAGGAUUACGGGAACUACACCUGCGUGGCUAUGAACACUUUGGGGAUAACAAACGCGAGCAUUAUUUUGUACGGCCCCGGAGCGAUACACGACGUGAACAAUUCAGCAUCUUCGCCAACCAACUCGUUCUUGCUCCUAACGCUCGUCCUAACGCUCUCGUUCCUGAGCAAGUUUUGAUGCUAAAGCACCUGCCCGCUUCUCAGUACCAGACUCACAGUCCCACACACAACAGAGGCAGAAUACUUUAUCGAUUAUUAUUAUGUUUUUAUUAUUUUGCCUUAAAUUUUAUUUCUGAAGGAAUAAGGUCAGUGUGGGUUUAUGGGUCUGUAAUAGGAUGCUUUGGGAUUUAACAAUAUUUCGGAUUUUCAAAUGGUAAACUGGACUGUGAAUGGAGUCAGUUGUUAGCUGGGUAGAACUUAUAGAUCCAACUACAGUGUAUGUGUCUCUCCAACCUUUUGUAUGUGAAAAGAGAAGCAAAAAUUCAUGUAAUCGUGAAUAACUGAAUGGUUAUUUUGCUCAGUAUUGAACUGUGUGACUUGAGGUUACUGCUGUGUCCUGUUUCAUGUAAAAUAACAUGGUUUUCUUUUUUUAUUAAAAUAAUGUAAAAAAUGAUAAACAGCAAAAAAGAAAGAAUGAAAAAAAACAAUGUAAUAUUUGAUUUACUGUACAUGUACAGAUGUAUGCAAAUACCGUUCACACAUUAAUAAGAUCUAUACGUUCAUUAUAAUAUAGCACACAGACGGCAUAAUGCAUCCUCCAGAGUUCAUCAUCAUUAUGUUUAAAUAACAGAGGAAAAUUAAAGACAUCUUGCAUGUGUACCGAGCUGACAUAGUUACAUGCGGUAGGAUAGGUUCUUUAUCUGGUCUAACAUACUGUACUUUAGGGUAGAUGCGUUUUUUUACCGUACAGUAGAUUGUACAUGUAUGCCCAAAAAAACAACAACAGUAUAUGUGAGAUACUAAGAUGCACAAUAAAUCUGUUCCUCAUACAAUACCUUUAGGUUGACAGCCGUACCAAAUUCCCACAUGGGACAGAGGAAGUGAUUUGAAGAAUUAGUUCUCACAGUAUGUGUAAUCGCAUACCUGAUUCACAUAUUUUGUUAGCAUUCAGAUGUUGAUGGUGACACAUUUCAUUCCACCAAAAAAAUCAUUGUGUACUUGGUGCAAAAUCCCGUAUCAUAUUUUUUUCCAUUUCAUCGAAAUGCUUUGGAUAAGACUUUUAUUAUUAAAGUGUUAAAGUUGUUCUUUCUCAGGUUUUUGGUGCUGGGUUUCUUUCAACUGUGUAUUAUUUUGUAUUCUUGAAGCUUAAUGGAAAAAAAUACAUUUAACAGAAGCCAAAACCGUUAUCUCAAAUGGUAUAUAAAAAAUAUAAUAUGAAUAUGAAUAUAAAUAUAUAUAUAGAUAGAUAUUUAAUAUCCUCAGAGGGGGAAGUGAUAUAAUAGACACAUUUCCUUGCAUAUCUGAAAAUGAUAACCAUCAAUUUAUGUGUGAUCUUUAGCAUUCAUUUCCAUACUAACAUAAUUCCAUAUAAAUGUCAAGUUGUGCAUGUUUGAGCAGGUGAAGGAAAACUGUAAUCAAAGGUUUCAUUCGUUGAAUUGAGUUAUUUCAUAUCUUCAAAUAGAUCUUAUUCUUCAUAAGGCUGCUGUUUUUAACCACCACAAUUGCUCUUUGUAUGAAACCUAUCGACACAAGGAGAGUUUGGUAAUAUUUGAAGAGUUUGGUUUCGAAAUGCAAGAAAUCCAUUUUGACUAAUUUCGGUAAAACGUGCUUUCUAUACCAAAAAAAGGGACAAGAUGAAACCACUAUUUUUUGUUACAAACUUUUACAUAGCAUCUUUAGGUUAUAAAACAUACAUUUUUUUAAAGAUUUAUUAUAAAAACGGAUUAUUUUUUCCACAAAUUGCAAUAAAUCCAUGACAAGUUUUAUUUUUUCAAAAUGCUAUAAAUCUAUUGAAUCAAUAUAUAAAUGUGCAUUCAUCUUUGCCAUGUUAUAUUCAUUAAAUUGAAUAGUGAUAUACAAUGAUUCAAAAAAAUAAACAUUAAUGGCAUUAAUAAAAACACUUAUUUUGUCAGAUUAAGAACACUGUCAUUGCUGUUGUCAUCCUUGGGACGUCGUCGCUAAACUUUUUUGACAGCGAUCAGCUGUAAAAUGUUUUGGUCCUGCUCAAUUUUCGUUGACUUCAAAUAAAAUAAUGGAAAGUUUUUCACAAGAUCCCCUGGGAUCAAUAUGUAAGCAUGACAGAAGCUUGAUGCCGUCGUGUGAGAACAAGCAAUAGCCGGCAUUUUUCCUUCGGCCGAGUGCCUCUCGCGUAAGUGAUUAAAUGUUGAUGACUUGUUUCUUUCCCGUCACAAAAACCACCACAGUUUUAUCAAUGCCAUCAAAGUAUUAUUUUGUUUUUGUUUGUUUGUUGAUCACACAGUACAAAUGUUGGAUGAGGAAAACUAUGAUUCUGUGUGUAUUUAACACGCCGCCAUUGUUGUUUACAAUGUGUGGAAUGGCGCUGUGAUUUAUUCCAUUCUGCAGAAUAGGAGGAGUGGAGUUUAUUGCGUUAAAAAGGGAGAAAGAUGACACGGCGGAUAUUAAAUUGUGCGUAAAAUUAAGAAUUUACUUUAAAAUACUGACCAGAUAAAAUACUGAUUUUGGCGGUAACUCUUUUUUUUAAAUGCCGUUUAUCGCGUUAUGGAACCAAACUCUUCAUUUAUUGAUCAAAGACUUACAUUAAGCCUGAUUUUUACUUGCAUUAAGCCUGACCUAAACCCGCAUUCGAUUCCUGCUUCUUAGCUUGCAUCGUAUUAUUUGGGUCUGAACUGCAGUAUGUUUCCACGAUCACUGCAUGCAUACCACCGCAAGCAUUGUACCUAGUUAAGAGUUUCACUGUAUUCAUCUGUCAAACUUAUUUUGAAAAUGCAUUUAAUUCGGAAACCAGAAAUGUUCAAAGAGACAAAUUACGCAUCGUCUUUUUACCUCUAAGUCGGAGCAAAUUUAUAAAAAAAAUAACUCUUGUACUCUAAUGAAGCAUCCCAAUUAAAAGCUAGAGGAACCCGUGAGGUACGUACAGACACUCAACCGGCAUUAAACCUCUCAAACAAGACCUUGUCCAUGAGCAGUCAGCAUUCAGCGAGUACCGUCAACAGCAGUGCAUACGUAAAUACACUAAAGUGUGACGGUUCAAGGGCUGCUACAUCACUGAGAAAUAAAUACGUGCUCAUACAUUGUAAAUUGCCUUUCAGUUAAGAUUCCUCUGCCUUUAAUAUGAAGGAUAUAUAUUGCCUGAGCCUUGCUAUGUGAGUUUAAUGUGACUUAUUGAAAGUUUUUUUUGUGACUGAAUAGUGCGUUAGUUACCUUGGCUUGGCAGAGCUCUUUAAAAUGGUAAAAUGUUUCAGGGUGGACACAUACGUUAUCUCUUAUUGUAGAGUUGGGAACAUUAAUUAGACCUCAUUGUAAACAAAACCUCAUACACAAGUGUGACUGACAAAUGCUGUAUGUGAGAAACAAAAAAGUUCAAAUAUGCAAAUACAAAUGUGAUUUUUCUUGUUUUUUCAUCGUGAAAGCUGCAAUUUGUAACCUUUCCCUCUAUAUCGCCAUCUCUGUUUAAAACAUGAAAUUGCAAGUAGCCUACUUAUUAAAGUUGAAUUCGUACCCAACCGAGCACAUUAUAAAGUAUUAUUAUAAGCUUACCAUUGUAAAUUGGAGUAAGAUAAGGAGACACUGAACACUGAUUUGCGUUUUUUGUUUUUACCAAAUUAUGGAUUGCUGAAAUUGCUAAUAAAAUUAAAAGCACCUUUUCAUUGUUAUGCUGUGUACACACUAAACGCGAAGCAUCGCGUUUCUCGCUCUAGAUUACUCGCGGGAUUUAACUUUGGGUCAUGCGAAUAUUCCCCAUUGCGUUUAAUAUUUCAACUUGCGCAAAGAUGCGUUUAAGGCGCAUGUUUUCACAGCAAUCGCCCCACCCAAUUUGCGUCAUUCGCAUCGCCCCACGCGAGUUUGCGUAUAUUUGCGUCUUUGCAUUGACUCUGUCUGUAAUCUGCUUGCGCAAAUCGGUGAAUUCGCGUUUGGUGUGUACAACCAUUAGCGUUGUGCCUUGCGUGCAAAAAUCAUUUUUUUGCGAAAAAAAUUUUUUGUAAACAGACAGUUCAGUUCCGUACUAAUUGAAUCGAUUGUUUCAAGUGACAUUGCCCGAUGAUUUCUCGUGAGUUAAGUAACAGGUUACAAGGACAUAGCGUAAAUAGGUUGUACCGUAGACUAUAUCAUUUUGGUAUUUUGUAUAUUAGUGAUUUUUUUUAAAACACUGAUAUUGUGUUGUCACAAUGUUGGUGAAUAUGCUCCUGACAGUGAUGUCAUUUUAACUGUUUGGAUAUACAAUACAAACCACAGACUUGAGCUUCAAUUCUUUGUGCAAUGCUGUGGGGACAUUGAACAGUAGUGUAAAUAUCUUAAAUAGGAUUGCAAAUCCAUUCCAGUUGUUUCCCUUUUAUUUGAUAGAUAUAUAUUUACUAUCAUCUCGUCCAAAAUGCAACCAUCCAAUGAUAGCACUUUUGAUUACAAGUUGGUUCCACCCUUAGUUUUAUUUCAUUUUCAUGGUACAACACAUCCAUAUCAAAAGUGUUUCAUUCAAAAGUGCCCUCCCUUGAAAAACUGUAUUGUAUGUUUGUAUUUAUUUUUCUGACUGUCUCUAUCUAGUUCCGGUUGUAAAGUGUAUGAUACCUUAACAUUUGCGACACACAGCUCUCUCUCUCUCUCAAUGUGCAUGUACAGCCGUAGAUGUAUUUUUCUUUUUUUACUAUUGGAAAAUGAGUAAAAGACUGUUGUAUGUGUUCUGUGUAAUAAAGUUAAGAAUAUUU